UUCGUUAAUUAUAUCGAAAGUACCUUCAAAAUUAAAUUCUCAACGACAGGUUCAGAAUCAGAAGCUAACAUUUUAGAUCUCAAUACCCAUGUCGAUAUUAUCAAGCAUGGACAUGCCCACAAUUGACGUGGACCUUGGGCCUGAGAAGAUUGAAGAUGAGAAAGAGAGAGGUCCCUUGUUAUAUUGUGAUCUUUGUGAUACAGAAGUAGUUCACAAGUUGGCUCAAAUGUUCCUUCCAGGACUAGCCUCUGCAUGUGUUGAUAACACAUCAGGAGAUCUCUUCAAGACUCCUGGUUCAGUGACUGUUGAUUUGAGAAAGGAAAUGAUAGAUUAUCUUACCCUCAGAAGUGAAUCAUUUGUUGCUGAGUCUGUUAUCUUGGAAGGUGGUCCUGACGGCGAGGUAUCGGAUCAUCCUUUUGAUAUCAUUUCUAAUUUUGUUGAUGACUACGCAAGUUCAAAGAGGAAUUUGUUUAGCCGGGUUUCAGGAUGGCUGCUAAGUGAAAAGAGAGAAGACAAAAUAGAUGAUUUUGUUCAAGAGAUGGAAAUGAAUGGUUUUUGGACACUUGAUAGAAGAGAAACAAUUGCAGAAAAUUUGCUUAAGAAUGUUGACUUCGAGAACGCGUUUCAUUGCAGCAUGAAGUUUAGUUCUGCAGAAGAGCUUGACAAUCAUGUUCACAACUGCAACUUUAGACCUAUGAUCUGCCAAAAUGAGGGAUGCAAUGCCAAAUUCUGUGCAGGCCAUUUGAACAAGCAUGAUUCAACGUGUCCUUUCAAAAUAAUUCCAUGUGAACAGAAGUGUUCAGCUAGCAUUAUGAGACGUGAGAUGGACAGACACUGUAUAACUGUUUGUCCUAUGAAGCUUGUAAAUUGUCCUUUUUAUGCAGUCGGUUGUAGGUCUGCUGUUGCACAAUGUAUGAUUGAAAAACAUCGUUCAGAUGAUGUUGAUUCUCACUUGUGGCACUUGCUUAAAGGCAUCCACAAGGAAGCAUAUGGGGAAGAUCUUAAUCGGCGAGUGGAGCAGAUUGCAUCAUCAAGCAGCCAAUUAGCAAAGGCUCGGGAUGUUAGAUCUUUAAACAUCAUUGUCAAGGAUCUUGAAGCUAAGCUUGGGCCUUUGGAAGUGAGUUCCGUGAAGAAAAACAGUGCAGAGACUAUUGCCAAGAGUGAAGAUAGUGACACCAAUACAAACGGCAGUGAACAUAGCACACAAGCUUCAGAUAUGGUUAAUUCAUCCGAUAAAGCUGAAGUGAGUGACAAGGUAGAUGGUGAGCAUAGUCCCAUUGAAAACAAGGGCAAUGAAGAGAGGACAGAGACUUCAAAUAUGGGAAACUUAUCUGAUAAAGAUGAAAUUUGCCUUGUGAAUGAGGACAGUGCACAGACUUACAACGAGAACAUAGAUGCUGCAGCUAGUGAAUUAAAAAUCAAGGGUAACGAAGAGCGCACUCAGACAUAUAUGGAAAAUUUGUCAGAUGAAAAAAUCAGUGCUACAAAUGAGGACAAUGCAGAGAAUAGCAUCAAAGACAGAUAUAUUGAAGACAGUAACUUGGAGGAUAAGGAUAAUGAACAGAGCAUACAGAAUUCGAAAAUGGAAACCAAGUGUGAUGCAGAGAAUAAUGUUAAGAACAAAGAUAUUGAAAACAAGGGCAAUGAAGAGAGGACAGUGACUUCAAAUAUGGGAAACUUAUCUGAUAAAGAUGAAAUUGGCCUUGUGAAUGAGGACAGUGCACAGACUUACAACGAGAACAUAAAUGCUGCAGUUAGUGAAUUAAAAAUCAAGGGUAACGAAGAGAGCACUCAGACAUAUAUGGAAAAUUUGUCAGAUGAAAAAAUCAGUGCCACAAAUGAGGACAACACAGAGAAUAGCAUCAAAGAAAGAUAUAUUGAAGACAGUAACUUGGAAGAUAAGGAUAAUGAACAGAGCACACAGAAUUCGAAAAUGGAAACCAAGAGUGAUGCAGAGAAUAAUGUUAAGAACAAAGAUAUUGAAGAUGAUGAGAGAAGUGUAAAUUUAUCAGAUAAAGCUGAACGGGAAGAUAUACUUUCAAUCUAGUUCAUCAGAUAAAACUUAAGAUUUCAAAAAUUCUAGCCUGCUGAAUCUUUACA